GGGGCCGGGGCCCGGCUGGGCGGCUGCGCGCACGGCGCCGCGCCACCACCCGGCUCGGCGGCGGGUCCCCGGCUGGCGCUGCAGCCCGUUCGUUCCCCCGCCACCCCCCACGCCUGCCCGCGCCCCGCCUCUGAUUGACAGGCAAGAUGUCGGUGUGCCGCGGGGCCCGGGCGAAUGCAGCAGCCGUCCCCCCCGCAGCCCGCCGGCCGCCGCCGCCGCCGCCGCAGCCGCAGCAGCAGCGCCCGGAGCAGCCCGCCGCCACCGCAGUCGCCGCCGCAGCCGCGGGAGCCGUGCAGGCGGCAUCUUGAGAGCCCCCUAAAGCGGUGGACAAUGCCGUGUCACUGCAGCGGGGAGGGGGGCAAUCCAGAUCUCUUUUGGACAUAAAAGCCGGCCAGCAACAACCCCCCUCUCCUCCUCCUCCAAAAAAAAAAAAAAAUCAAAACUAUAAUUUUUGUCCUUCACGGAGCCGGUGUGUAAAGAGUGAGCGCUAUUUCUCUCCUCCUCCUCCUCCUCCUCCUCCUCCUGCUCUCCCUCCUCCUCCUCCUCCUCCUCCUCCUCUCCCUCCACCACCUCCUCCUCCUCCUCCUCCUCCCUCGCUUCCCUAAGUGUACAGACAGCAUCACAUCACCUGAGAAACAGCAUCUCUCCUUUUCAGGGGACCAGAGACCCAGGGAGACGAGACAUUCGAAUGGAGCCGGCUUGAUUUUUUUUCCCCCAAAAUAAAAUAAUAAAUUUUGGCUCUUGCCCCCCCCCCCACCACCACCAACCACCUCCUCCCACCCCACCCCCUCAGCCCUGUGUGAGAUGUCGGGUUUCUUCUUCAUGAGACAUUGUUGAGAAGUCGCAGUGGUUGGAGAGGCGGAGGGGGUAGGACUCCCUCGACCGCCCCCCCCCCACGCCCCCCCCCUUUUUUCUCUCUGGGAGGAGGAGGGGAAGGGGGCUUGCAGAGCAAGCGAUGGAUGAGGAAAACAUGACGAAAAGCGAGGAGCAGCAGCCUCUGAGUUUGCAAAAAGCCUUACAGCAGUGCGAACUGGUCCAAAACAUGAUAGACUUGAGCAUCUCCAACCUGGAAGGGCUUAGGACCAAAUGUGCCACCUCCAACGACCUCACACAAAAAGAGAUCCGGACGCUGGAGAGCAAGCUGGUGAAGUACUUCAGCCGGCAGCUGUCCUGCAAGAAGAAGGUGGCGCUGCAGGAGCGCAACGCCGAGCUCGAGGGCUUUCCGCAGCUGCGCCACUGGUUCCGCAUCGUCGACGUGCGCCAGGAAGUUCUGGAGGAGAUCACCCCGAGCCAGCUGAGCCUGGAGGAGCUCCUGGAGAUGACGGAGGAGCAGGUGUGCCAGACGGUGGAGAAGUACGGCGUGAACGCGGAGGAGUGCGCCCGCCUCAACGCCUCGCUCACCUGCCUGCGCAACGUCCACACGGCCGGCGGCAACCUCUCCAAACAGGACUGGACCAUCCAGUGGCCCACCACGGAGCCGGGGAAGGAGAACAGCCCCGCGUGCCCGCCGGAGCCCGUGCCCUGGGGCCGCGCCCACCCCGCGCAGAGCCCCCGCGUGCCGGCCAAGUGCGCGCAGCACGCCUGCCACGCGGGCCCCGCGCCCGGUACCCCCGUGUGCGCGCACGUGGACCGGCUCACGGUGGACGCCUACCCGGGCCUGGGCCUGCCGCCGCCGCCGCCUCUGGAGUCCGGGCCCCGCUCGCUGCCCCCGUCCCCCCGGCAGCGGCACGCCGUCCGCACGCCGCCGCGCACCCCCAACAUCGUGACCACCGUGACCCCGCCGGGCACGCCGCCCACGCGCAGGAAGAACAAGCUCAAGCCCCCCGGCACGCCGCCGCCCUCCUCCCGGAAGCUCAUCCACCUCAUCCCCGGCUUCACCGCCCUGCACCGGAGCAAGUCGCACGAGUUCCAGCUGGGCCACCGCGUGGAGGAGGCGCACACGCCCAAGGCCAAGAAGAAGAGCAAGCCCCUGAACCUGAACAUCCUCAGCAGCGUGGGCAGCUGCGAGAACCUCCCGGCGCAGCGCUCCCCGCUGCUCUGCGAGCGCUCGCUGCGCUCCUUCUUCGUGGGCCACGCGCCCUUCCUGCCCGCCACGCCGCCCGUGCACGCCGACGCCAGCUUCUCUGCCAACACGCUGUCCGUGCCCCGCUGGUCCCCGCAGAUCCCUCGCAGAGACCUCGGCAACUCCAUCAAGCACAGGUUCUCCACCAAGUACUGGAUGGCGCAGACGUGCACCGUCUGCGGGAAGGGGAUGCUCUUCGGCCUCAAGUGCAAGAACUGCAAGUUAAAGUGCCACAACAAAUGCACCAAAGAAGCCCCGCCCUGCCACCUGCUCAUCAUCCACAGAGGAGACCCAGCAAGGCUGGUGCGGACGGAGUCGGUCCCCUGUGACAUCAACAACCCUCUCCGCAAGCCGCCCCGCUACGCCGACCUGCACGUCAGCCAGACGCUGCCCAAGACCAACAAGAUCAACAAGGACCACAUCCCUGUCCCCUACCAGCCGGACUCCAGCAGUAACCCCUCGUCCACGACAUCCUCCACGCCCUCCUCGCCGGCACCCCCGCUCCCUCCGAGCGCCACGCCGCCCUCCCCCCUGCACCCGUCCCCGCAGUGCACGAGACAGCAGAAGAACUUCAACCUGCCAGCGUCGCACUACUACAAGUACAAGCAACAGUUCAUCUUCCCAGAUGUGGUGCCGGUGCCCGAGACGCCCACGCGGGCACCCCAGGUCAUCCUGCAUCCGGUGACCUCCAACCCAAUCUUGGAAGGAAAUCCAUUACUUCAAAUUGAAGUGGAGCCCACGUCAGAGAACGAGGAGGGCCACGAGGAGGCGGAGGAGUCGGAGGACGACUUCGAGGAGAUGAACCUGUCCCUGCUGUCGGCGCGCAGCUUCCCGCGCAAGGCCAGCCAGACCAGCAUCUUCCUGCAGGAGUGGGACAUCCCCUUCGAGCAGCUGGAGGUGGGCGAGCUCAUCGGCAAGGGCCGCUUCGGGCAGGUGUACCACGGCCGCUGGCACGGCGAGGUGGCCAUCCGGCUCAUCGACAUCGAGCGGGACAACGAGGAGCAGCUCAAGGCCUUCAAGCGGGAGGUGAUGGCGUACCGGCAGACGCGGCACGAGAACGUGGUGCUCUUCAUGGGCGCCUGCAUGAGCCCGCCCCACCUGGCCAUCAUCACCAGCCUGUGCAAGGGACGGACGCUCUACUCCGUGGUGCGGGACGCCAAGAUCGUCUUGGACGUCAACAAAACGAGGCAGAUCGCCCAGGAGAUCGUGAAGGGCAUGGGCUACCUCCACGCCAAGGGCAUCCUGCACAAAGACCUCAAGUCCAAGAACGUCUUCUACGACAACGGCAAGGUGGUCAUCACGGACUUCGGGCUCUUCAGCAUCUCUGGGGUGCUGCAGGCUGGCAGGCGGGAAGACAAGCUGCGCAUCCAGAACGGCUGGCUGUGCCACCUGGCCCCGGAGAUCAUCCGCCAGCUGUCCCCCGACACGGAGGAGGACAAGCUGCCCUUCUCCAAGCACUCGGACGUCUUCGCGCUCGGCACCAUCUGGUAUGAGCUGCACGCCAGGGAGUGGCCUUUCAAGACGCAGCCGGCAGAAGCCAUCAUCUGGCAGAUGGGCAACGGGAUGAAACCCAACCUCAGCCAGAUCGGCAUGGGGAAGGAAAUCUCGGACAUCCUCCUCUUCUGCUGGGCCUUUGAACAGGAAGAGAGACCCACCUUCACCAAGCUCAUGGACAUGCUGGAGAAACUGCCAAAGCGGAACCGCCGUCUGUCUCACCCCGGACACUUCUGGAAGUCUGCAGAGCUCUGAUCGUCCAACCGACCGCGGGACAGCGCCCAGCAAGCCUCGAGCAAUCCCGAGCCACCUUCUCCUUCCCUGCUCUGCCCUCCGACGGCUCCGGAGCCCCCGGGGCUCGCCCCCCGAGGGCGCCCACCCCGACCCAGCCAGGGCACACGCAUGCCCAGUGCAGCGGCCUCCUGGACUUCAUGGAUCAGCCAGGGAGACCUGGAUGUGAUCGGAGUGGACAGAGCGCGGUGCCCGCGGGGCUGCACGGGCCAGCGCGGGGAACCAUCCAUGCGGCCCUGCGCGUUUGUGGCGUGCUCCUCCCACAGUGCUCGGCCCCGGGAUAGCAAUCCCCCCCCUACUCUGCGCCAUGGGGGCGCUCUCUGGGAGGAGCUGAGCACCAGCCUAGGGGCCCCCGGGCCAGAUCCGGGCGGUUCCUGUGCAAACGUUGCCGGGGUGCGGGGCGCUUUCCAGCUUCCGGGUCUCUCUCGGGGCGGGGGCGGCUCCCCCCACGUCUGCCUUUUUCUCCAGUUCUGUGACCUCGCACGACCCUCUGCGCGCUGUCUUUGGGGAAGCACGGUGGCUCUGGCCAAGACGACUUUGGGGGUUCCUCCUGGUACCCCCCCACCCCUGGGAUGGGAACUCGAGGACUCGCUCUGCCGCACACCCCAACUCAGGGUGCCGCCCCCAGAUGUGUGUGUGUGUGUGUGUGUGUGUGUGUGUGCAGGGUCCCUGAGUGCAAAGGGCGGCUGCCCUGCCCCCCACCCCCCAUGCGCACAAGAAGUCCAGCUGUGGUGCCUGGCAGUUGUGGGUCCGUGUUCUCACUCGAACCCGGUGCCCAAUUGAAAGUGUGUAACCCCUGGCAUUCCCACCCCCCCCCCCCGCUCCGCCACCUCCCUUCCUGCCCCACCUCCGCCAGAUGCCUCGCCCGGCCCCUCCAGGUUGCGUGUUCACGGGAAGGAUGCCGAGAGCCAGGGGUGCGGGGAAGAGGGAGUGCUCUGUCUCCCCCCAGCUCCUGCCCGGUGAGCCCAUGUCUCAGCUCCCCAGAGCUGGGACCCCCUUCCUCCGCCCUGCACCAAAGGGACCUUUGCCCAGGGCCACCCACAGCCACUCUGUCCCAGGGGCCCCAACAGUCCGGGGUCUCCUGGCCAUGACCUCACCCAGGCGAAUCCCUCUUGGGGUCAGAGGGCGGGAAACGCCAGCCCCCUCUUCCCCUGCACCCAGCUCUGCGGAGGCGCCCACUGCCUCCACAUUGGGGGGCCUUGGGGAGACUGCUCUCACCCCCACCCCGCCAAGGCCUCCCUGAACAUCUCCCCCCUCCCCCCACUGCGCGGCCCCUCCCCGGGGGCAGGUGAAAGCAUACCCUGGAAACCCAGACCCACCUUCACACCCGCCGACUCCCCACCUCUCCCCCUUUGGACCCCCGGCGCCUGCUCACCAGCUGGGCUUCUGGGACCCCCUUCUCUCUGCCGUCGGGACCCCUGGGCCCGUGGACUCCGUCUUGGUCGUGCGCUGCCGUGUGAGGCAGGAAGUGAGGACAGGAGCGGCUGGCCGGUCCCCAGGGCUCUGGCCAGCUCCCCGUGGUCACUCCUGGUUCCGGGAUGAGCUGCAGGCCCGGCGGGACGGUGCGGGGCCCGUGUGUGCGCAGACCCCAGCCCGGGGCUGAUGUUAUUCCGGAGGGGCCUCUUCCUGGUCCCCCACCCACCCCUCCUGCGCCUUCUCCCCUCUGUCACGGGGUGCUCGGCCAAGUGCUCCCGCACACCCUGCCGCGUCCGUCCGUCCGUCCAUCCGUCAGCCGUCCUGGAGGCUGCAGGGUGCACGCCAGGGCCUGGCCAGGGCCUGGGACAGACUUCCCGGCUUCUCGGACCCUGGGGGUCCCCCUGGCUUGUGGCUGCAGCUCUCUCACCUCUGCCUCCUUAGCCCCCUGAGGCCCCUAACGGGGAUGGGCCUGCUCAGACCCCCCUCCCCUCCCCCUCCCACCUGCGGGGACCCGGCUUCCAGGUCAGGCUGCAUGCUGGGGUCCCAGGGGACUCCGUCCAGGGGAGGGUCCGCAACAGCGGGUGACUCCACACUCCGCCCCCCCCCCCCAGACAGCCAGUGAGCCCCACCGCCCCAGGCCCGGCCCUGGAUUGGUCAGAAGCACACAGGGGCAGGGAGGCAUCAGAAACACUUGGGCAGAAAGCGAGCUGAAACGCAGGCUCCCGCCGUCAGCGGAGGGGGAGGGGCCCUGAGCCCCUCCAGCCUCCCGUGAAGUCUGCCUGGCUCUCUGUACAGUGCUCUGAGAGCAAAGGCCAAUGCCAGGUGUGGGGAGAAGAGAAACCGCCCCUCCCCCCGGCUGGGGGCUCGGAGAGGCAGACGGGGACCUGGGCAGAGAGGCCUGUGCCGCCCGCCUUUCUGUUGUGCUGUGAGAAAAGCUGAACCCCGGGGGGAAGGGCAGGCCUUGCCCCGGCCCCUUGCAUGCCCUAGACAGGCCCGGCGGUGAGAGACGGGUGGAGAAGGCGGGGUGCAGGGCACUCAGGGGGGACCGCCGGGACCCCAGCUGAGUCCCAGCCUCCCGCCAGACCUGGGGCUGGAAGAGCCCAAAGGCCAAACUUGUCCCUGGUGACGGUCCUGCCCCCCUCUCCCCGCCUGUGCUCUCGGCAGACUUGGCUAAUCCCCCUCAGCGCCUGGGAUUGCGCAGCCAUCCCUCACCCCCACCCCCAUCCUUCUCCCCGCCCCUCCUGCACAGACCCGGAGUGUGGGGGGGGGGGGAACCCUUCCUCGAGGCAGAGGUGAGCCGGGACGUCUGGAG